AUGCGCUCUGUCUCCCAUUCAACAUCCGAUUCUACUUUGGUCGGAGAGGACAAGGCUCCGAUUGAGGCUCCUCCUUCGUCCAAGUUCAAAGAGGUCGACCUCGCCACCGAGGGCGGCGAUGUGCUUAUGGAAAAGACACCAACACUGGAGGCCACGCUCGAGACAAUGGACAAAGCUGACGCAGGCAGCAAUGCCGACUUCUCCAACCGCAAGCGCGGCGCCAUCUAUUUAGACUGGGAGCAAGAUGACGAAAGCCGGCCUCGCAGCUGGACAAAUGUGAAGAAGUGGGCUACGAGCCUGUCGAUCAUGUGGGCCACUUUCGCAGUUGCAGGCAUGACCGGGGGCUAUGAGGCAUGCUACGACGGCCUUCUGUCCGAAUUCAAAGCGUCGGAGGUGGUCUACAUGUUGGGCGACGUCAUCUUCAUGAUUGGCGUCGCUCUUGCUCCUCUUUUGCUUGCGCCAUGGAGCGAGAGGGUGGGGCGCAAGCCUGUGCUGCUCUUCUCGACUUUGGCCACUCUUCUCUUCUUUCUCGGCCAAACGCUUGCCAAGAGCAUCGUACCGAUUGUCAUCACGAGGGGUAUCCAAGGCUUUGUUGGCGGCUGCAUCCUUUCCAUCAGCGUUGGUGUCCAUUGUGACCUCUUUCAGCCAAUGGAGAGGGGCAUGGUCCUGGCUUUGCAUGCGCUCGUUGUCGUUGGGACCCACUCAAUGGCGCCUCUGUAUUCGUCCUGGGUCGUAUAUGAGCUCGGCUGGCGAGCCGUAUUUUGGCUGCAAGCGUCGAUCGCGCUCGUCGCUUUUGUCGUUAUAGCGACUGUGUUUCAAGAGACGAGCGACUCGGUUCUGCUCACCCGACGUGCGCGGCGCCUUACGGAGCUCACGACACUGGAGCAUCGAACCGAUGCCAUGGACGAGACGAUGUCGCGCACGCUUCUACGACCGCUGCGCUACAUCGUCACGGAGCCCAUCGUUCUCGUGCAUGCCUUGUGGUUUGCCUCGGUUAUAUGCUGCGCUUUCAUCCUCCUCUACGAGUUGCCAUGGUGGACCCAUUUUGCGCACGAGCCGUACCGUAAGGCGGCCGCCAUGUGUCUGAUUCCCUUCGCCGCCAUCUUUGCCGGUGCCAUCUUGGCCUUUGUCAUUGACCUUAUCCUCCAGUGCCGUGGACGCAGGUCCAGCAGGCGCGAACAUCGAGACCUCGGCUACGGUGACGCACGACUGGCUUUUGCCCUAGCCGGCGCCAUUAUCUUUGUCGUUGGAUCGGCCACCACUGCAGUCAGCGGGUACACCUACGUGCACUUGGCGCUUCCCAUCGUAGGUCUCUUUCUCAUGGGCUUCGCCAUUUUCCCCAUCCUUCUCUCGACGUACACGACACUGAGCGAGAUCUAUGAAGCGCACACCUCGUCAGCCGUGGCACUGCUGACCUGCAUGCAGUACCUCUUUCUCCUCUGGGUGCCGCUCGUGGUCCCCAAGCUCCACGACCGCUUUGGCUUCGUUGCUGUCGGCGGCUUCGUUACGCUCAUCUCCGCUCUCCUCGUCCUGUUCCCCUGUGCCCUUGUCUUCCAGGGCGACAGGCUGCUCAUGAAGUCAAAGGAGGCUGUCGACAACCGCCGCUACGACGACGAUCUUUUGCACAGUCUCGGAAGCCCCCUCGAUGAUCAGAUCCCUGUCAUGCCGAAGUACUGA